AUGACGAAUGUCGAGCGGCAUCGAAGACAUUUGUCUAUCUCUGGAGUUUGUCAGGUUUGUAAGGGUGGAGAGGAAACAAUCAUCCAUAUCUUACGGGAUUGUCCAGCCAUGGAAGGGAUUUGGCGUCGACUAGUCCCGAUAAGUAAAAGACAAGAGUUUUUCAGUCAGACCCUGCUUGCCUGGAUUUACUCGAAUCUUGGAGACGAGGGACGUAUCGGUGACACCACAUGGGCCACUUUAUUUGCAAUGGCGGUAUGGUGGGGAUGGAAGUGGAGAUGCAUUAAUGUUUUUAACGGAGCAGGGAGGUGUCGUGAUAGAGUCCAGUUCGUGAAAACGCAGGCAACAGAGGUGAAGUUGGCAUGGAAGACAGAAACCACAAGUAGCAUGAGGAACGUGGUGAGAGUAGAAAGACUGAUAGCGUGGACUCGGCCGGGUCUUGGGUGGGUGAAACUAAAUACAGAUGGUGCCUCACGAGGGAACCCUGGUUUAGCUACUGCAGGAGGAGUGCUGCGAGAUGAUAGUGGACAGUGGCGACGUGGGUUUGCACUCAACAUAGGCAUAUGCUCGGCUCUGUUAGCUGAACUAUGGGGAGUGUACUACGGGUUGUGUAUUGCCUGGGAACAUAGAGCUCAGCGAGUGGAGAUUGAGGUAGACUCUGAAAUGGUGGUUGGAUUUCUUACAACAGGGAUUGGCGAGGCGAAUCCGUUGUCGUUCCUGGUACACCUGUGCCAUGGCUUCAUAUCAAGGGACUGGAUAGUCCGAGUAUCUCAUGUGUAUAGAGAAGCUAAUCGCCUUGCGGAUGGGUUAGCUAACUAG